AUGUAUUGUGCUGGGACUCGCCUUCUGGCUUCUUCCCUUCCACCAUCCAUCCCCUUUGCGCUGUGCUUGCGCCGUCUUCCGCGCGAGAAGAGUCUGCGUGAGCUGGAAGCUGGCAAUCGAUGCAGACGAAGCAUCUGGCGCAGCAUUGCGGGCUGUUGGAAUCUGGAAGAAGACCUCGUAGCCCUGUCAGCUUCGAGCGGUACUAGGGCUCGGCGUGCAACCCAAGAGAUUUCUGGUGCUAGCCGCGCGCAGCUUUUGAGGAGCACGAUCAAAGAAUCAGAUACGAAGUCUUCAUUCAAGCUUCUAUGCUUCGCGUACGUCCAAAAGACGCUCUCAUGGACGACAGCUGAUGACUUCAUCGACGCAUAUCAGAGCCUCAAAUCGAGAAAAUUCGCCAGUGCGAAGUGGUGGUCGGAGGACAUGUCGUCCAGAGAUAAGCUACCCGGAUCCGGCAAGUCCCGCCCGCGCGUCCAUCAGGACUGCCCUUCACACGACUUUGUCGUGGACACCAUUGGAUCAUCACGGACUCUGCAACUUUACCACAAAGACUCGAGCACACCACUCAGCUCGACAGGAUGCCUGCCAGAGGUCUGGCGAGAGUUCUGCCUUCUUGUUCGACCUCCGACUUGCGUCUUCAAACCACAGCCGAAUGCACGUGGGUUCCCGCAAUACGGGGGCGUGUGGGAUACGUCGUCCAGCAAAGCGCCUGUGGUCUUCGAUGUGAUCCGAAAGUUGGAUGAUCUAGAUUUUGAUGCCGAUGAGGGUCUGCUUUUUGCGAAUGAGUCGGGAACGAACAGCCCAGUCAUCUACUCGUGUGGUGAUGGUACCGUGUUGUCGGAGAACCCUUUUUACAAUUUUUGGUGGCUUCUCGACAUCAACGCGGAACCGUCGAUCAGACAAACACCCUUCGAUCUAGCACAGACAGCUGAACAAGUGCUCAUAGGUACCGCCUACUGUUCGGCCCAGAAGAAUGAGAACCGGGAGCAUGAGCGGCUGCAAGUGGACAUCCGAUGGGAUUCUCCACAAGAUGAGCCGAAGGCCAGGCUUCGCGACUUUGAAGGCUUUAGAGAUUUCAUAGAGACGCCCAGCGCAUCAGGAUGCUAUUUGGACAUCAUUGAACCCAAAGUUUUGGAAGUACACGCAGACCAUGAGACAGUCACGCUAGUGCUCAGCUACAACUGGGGACUGGCCUUAGUGCGCCCAUAUACUUGCAUCAAGUCUCCAGAACAUUGGUCAUCGCUACGAGUGGCUUUCCUCGACUACUACGUCGUCGGACAAAGCGCCGUUUCGGAGAGGUGGGAGGACGUGAGACGUUGCCGGAACCACUACGCUUCUGGACGCGUGUAUCACAUACAUAGAUCGGAGGAAGGGCACGAGUACGGCUUCUUUGUCGAUCUUGAUGCUUACCGUCUGGACCCGACCUGGACGCCAAAGCACCACCUCUUUGAAAACGUCAACGUCUGGUGCUCGAGACGGCCUGCACGCUUUCCCGCGGCUAUAUAA